AUGGCAAACAGUGCACUUCUUCUCAUGAUUGUUAUUUUAAAGUUUUCUUCAUUACUGGUUUUGGGAAUACAAGUUCAAAUUUCCAUGUUUGCAAGAAAAGGUACGUAGACAGACAGACAGUAGACUGUAUUUUUGCACCCUGUUACACUGUCUGUUUCUUGAAUAGACAAUUCCCAUUAUAUAGACUAAUUUUAAAACUAGGCAAGAAGGAGAUGCAGCAAAUAAAUCACCACAGCUAGAUUGAGCAUACUAAAAUGAGUAAAAUUACAAAGUUUGGUUGCGAAAUGUUGUAAAAUACGGAAUAGCCUUGCAAAGUUUGCAAAUUUUGUAUACGUUUGUAGGCUUACUGCGCGUGGAAGUUCCUACCACAUUUGGGCAGAAAAUGGUAGCAAUUCCCGCACGCAAUACAAAAGUAUACGUACAAAAUUUGCGAACUUUUCAAGGCUAUAUAGCUAUUUCCCGCAUUUUACAACAUUUCGCAACCAAACUUUGUAAUUUUACUCAUUUUAGUGUGCUCUUUCUAGCUGUGGUGAUUUAUUUGCAUCUCUUUGCCUAGUUUUAAAAUUAGUCUAUAAUGGGAAUAGUCUAUUAAUAAUGAAGAAUAACGGGACAUAUACUCGGAACAUUCAUAUGAGUGUACAUAUACUCGGAACAUUCAUAACUCAUCUACUCGUUCACAUCCAUCAAAAGACGAAAAUCGCACUAGGAAUCCUGAAGUACUAUUUACAGUAAAGCCGGAGUGUUUUAUAGCUGAUAAAGUACGGACUGCCAGUGUUUUAAAUGCUUAAAAAGCGACCCAUCUUAUGAGUUCAUUGGCGAAGUAAUUUUAAAAAUCAACAUUACCUAAGCCAAGAAAAUGAAAGCUGAAGUUUAUGCAAAUCACCAUGAUUUUUUUACACAUUUAAAACCAUUUAAGUGAUUUACUUAGUCUUUUCCUCGUGAAUUAAUGAGUUUCUUAAUGCCACCAUCUUGCAUAUAAUUCUUAAAUCCUGUAGUUUCAGAAAAACGACCAUUACAAUCGCCACAUUUCCACUCGAUGAUUUCCUUCUUCAAUGACCCUUCAACUAUUAUUCAAUCGAGUGUGAUGCCAACACAAUCUUGAUAUUACAACUCAUUUAGCAAAAUAAUAAAUUUAGGGAAAAGCGUUUUCCGCCAUGCAUGGUUAGAAAUCUAUGUAGGUUCAGACCAACCUUUAAAAUGAUCGAUAAAUAUUGAAUCAAUAAUGCAAUCAAUUACCUUUAUAAGGUUACCGCUUGGAAGGCAAAACAUUCCAAUCCAUGUACGUGUCGUCUUUAUCAGAAUGUGGUCAAUGGUGUUUGAAGAAUCAACGAUGUUUGUCGAUGAACUACGGAUCGAUGAGCUCGGAUUCCGAAUUGGCCAUUUGUGAGCUGAAUAAUUCUACGAGAGAAAGAACUAGCUUGAAAUAUGAUACAAGAUUUUCGUACUACGAAUCUCUCGAUUCGGUAGGAGAAUAUCCACAAUAUAUAAUAGAGACCUUACGAUGUUGGACGCCAACGGCCAGAAUACAAUCAUUCAAAUAAACGAUUGUGAAGAAAGUUUGUAGAAUAUCAUUGACAUUGAUCGUAUCAAUUUAAUACUGUUUGCAGUUUGGUUAGCUCGAAAUUGUAUGGUUAGCUUGUUGAGAAAGUUCUACUUUAAAGUACAGAGCUAGUUUGCUGAGUACACUUCUCGCGUUUUGAAAUGCAUGCGUUCUAUCCAAGACGUAAAAGUCUGCAGUUUCCCGUUGUAAACAGACUGUAGACGUCUCAAGCUCCCGUGGGAUAUUAAUUAGUCAUUUUUUUCACGUUGCCGUUCCACAUCGUAAGGUCUCUAAUGGAGCCCUCGAGUACAGGGUGUAUCAAAAGAAUGUACACCCUUUCAAAUUAACCGUAAUCUAUUGUAGUAAUUUGACAGCCGUAUAAUUUCUCGAAUUAAUGAAAGCGUGAAAACACAAGGUCUUUUGCACAUGGGAAUUUAGGAUAAUUUCUAUUUGUACUGAACAAAUACACAACUGAAAGAAAAAUGUUUAAAGUAAGCAUUAUUCAAGUCUGCAUAAGAUAUUAAAUUGGCCAGAGCAACGAAUAUUUAAAAGUUAAUUAUGGUUAAUUUGAAUUUGAAAGGGUGUACAUAUUUUUGAUACACCCUGUAAUGUAUGGUUGGCUAAUUUAACUCAUGAAUUAUUAAUGAGUUUGAGAUCAAAUACCUUUAGUAUUUUUUCCGGGAACACUGAUCUCUCCUGCAGUAACACUGGAUCAAUUUGGAAGGGUGCUUCUUCUGAACGUCUAGUAUGAAGGACAGUUAGGAAUUUGAACCGCUCUUGAGGAAAUUCAGACUAUUUUAAUUUAAAAAAGCAUGUUCAUUAUACAUGCUUUCUCAUCAAAUUUAAUGUUAUUCUAUAUUCUGCUAAUUUUGACUAUUUUGGAUCAGUCAGAAAAUCUAAUAGUGCAACUUUAUGUGACCGUUUCUGUGAAUUUCGUAUUUUAAGAAAGUUUCUAUAAAAAUUAUUUCAACUUUAGAGACCCAAAGAAUCUUCCGAGAAACCAAACACAAUAUCACGGAAUGCAACUAGCUGUUCUUACUACAUGUCCCAUGGUGCACCUGGAGUGUACACGAUAUUCGAGCCUAUGCGAAAUAAAACAUGCAAAGUCUACUGUCACUUUGACCAUGAACGGCAAAAGAGCUGGACAAUGGUGCUGUCGUUCAGGUUAUCAAACAACCAAAAACUAUCAGCGAAGCCUUUUUGGAUGGACACACCGUACAAUAAAGCAUCACCAAACUUUAAACUGUAUCGCAUGCCUUUAGAACUGAUGAAAAAUAUUCGCAAGCUGGCCACAGAAUGGAGAGCUGUGUGUAAUUAUAAUGGUACAAUUUCGGAUCGACUUGACACGGUUAGAGGGGAAUUCAAAACAUUUGAUCCACUUCAGAAUGCCAAAACAGGCUCGUGCAAGAGUGUAAAAUAUAUCAACAUAAGAGGAGCAUCUUGUAAAGACUGUACUGCCAAGUUUUUUCAAACUCCGACGCAGUUUCUUCAUAUUGACAGUACCAAGUCGUCGACGAGAUCGACAACAUGCACUUUCAAAUUCCAACAAGCUGUUGUAUCGAGCGAGGAUAAUUUCGGAUUUUAUAGAAAUAUCAACCCAAACUUCUCCUGCAGCACGCGUAACGACUCCACAACAAGUUGGUGGUUUGGGAAAUGA